AUGCAGCCCAUCGGAACUGUUCUGUUGUCCCUCGCGGCUCUCGCGGUCGCGGCUCCCUCCGACUCGCGUCGUGCCGUUGACAACUCUGGCCCGUUCCAAAUCUACGCUUACGGCACCGGCAUUGGCGGUCUUUCCAUGUUCUCCUCUGGAGGCGAUGCCUUUUUCGGUGACCACACCAAGUUGAACGAUAGCAACGCGGCCCCCGUAGUCUUCACUCCCACUGAUAAUAAUGUUUGGCUCGGCGCCCCUAAUACCACCGAAUUCGGCGGCAACGAAACCAUCCCAACCUGGUCUAACCUGACCUUCUCCGUCCCCAGCAUCGGAUCCAGCGCACACAACGUCGGCUUCUCUAACUCUUCAACGUCAGACCGCCAAACUAGCGGCUUCAUUUUCUACGGUACCUUCAUCUUUGUCGAGGCUACCGGCGGCGGUAUGGAGUCUCUGUGGUAUGCCACCCCCAGCAGCGUCGACGGUGUCUACUCCCUCAAGUGGAACCAGACCGGCGACAGCACGUCCGACAAGAUCGUCCUCACCUUGAAGAAGACCCCUCCUUCCAAUGCUCGCACCAACUCUUCCGCUUAA